UUACAUAUAGAGUGAUUUAAAAACAUAUAGGGCGUUUUUACAUGUUCAAAAUGUCUUUAAAAAGUAGUUUAUUUGAGCUUUGUCACCGGUGCAGCGCGGCUCUGCCACUCUUUCUUUUAUCCAAAUCGUAGUUAAUUGAAGUUUAAAAGUAAGUUUAGAAACAUUUAGCAUGAGGUAUAUUUGUAUAAUUGUUAUCCGGUUUGUUCGAGAGUUGUUUGUAACAUUUACCAUUUUAAUGACUAUAUGGAGCACAAAUAAUUACCGUCGUAUGCUUUACCUUCUCCUGUAGACCGAUAACCAUUGGCGCGUAUGCUUACACUGUUGGCAGCUUGUUUUCUGUGAUUGGUAGAGAAGGGCACGUGAUUAUACAACUUUCUACAUUUGACAGUGAAUGGGAGGGCUUUACUUGGAGCAGAAAAAAAGACAAAGAGAGAAAAAUUAGUAUUUUGCCUCCACAAAUUAAUGAUCAUGAGUUCGUAUUUGAUAAACUCCAACUAUACAGAACCUAACUUCGUCGCAUGUGUGGAUUAUUCUCAGAAUAAUCAUUUGUCCAAUCCAUCUCCAGAAUUCUAUGAACGACAACGAAAUUCUGGAUUACAUCAGCAGGAAGACCUGUACCAGCGAUCAAACUACACAGAACCGAAUUAUAACUACAGUAACGUCCAUUCCGACCAUCACGAAGACUACCCGCAUGGAGAUCAUGAACAUCCACAGAGCGUCCUCCACAACCAUAUAGGACAAAAUCAACAUUGUGAAUCUUUGGCUGUCACUACGCAGUGCAGCUUGAAUGAGAAAUUUCCAGUUGAGCAGAAGUGUAAAGAACCUGUAGUAUACCCGUGGAUGAAGAAAAUUCAUAUGAAAACGGCAAACCCUGUUUGUAAUGGAGAGGAUUCCAAGAGGUCUCGGACCGCCUACACAAGACAACAGGUCCUCGAGCUAGAGAAGGAAUUUCACUUUAAUCGUUACCUAACUCGACGUCGACGGGUUGAGAUAGCUCACACACUCUGCCUGUCUGAACGACAGGUCAAGAUCUGGUUUCAAAACAGAAGGAUGAAGUGGAAGAAAGACCAUAAACUUCCCAAUACUAAGAUACGCUCUGCCAGUGUAUCAACAGCACACCAGCUAACAAAGGUUUCCUCAGAGAACCAGCUGUCCAUUGGAUCAGGACUAAAUUCCUGAAGCGUGAAGAAAAACGGAAAGGAGCAGUAUUUGUGUGGACCAAAAAAAAAGGAAUGUUAAAAUGUGCUACCUUUUUCUUUAAAGACUAUAGCAUGACUUUUGUUAUUAUUAUUAUUAUUAUUUAAAUAACACGUUGAACAGUCUCUCAAUUAUUAUUUUAAAUCAGUGAUUGUGAAUGUUUUUAGGUCAUAUGUGAUUUUAGUUUUGCAGACGCUUGAAGUGUUUCACAUUUUCUGAGUAAUGUUAAAAACAAAUCUAUCUACCGAUCUCUCUCUGUGUAUAUAUGAUUGUUCGUUAACUAAUUAUGCCAUUAUUUUAGCCUAAGCAACAGUAAAAAAAAUAAUGCCUAUUAUUUAUGGUCCGAAGUAUGCUGUGAAGUUUCAUUACUGUUACAAAUCUCAUAUGUACUAAUAUAUAAUUUAUUAAGGUCCUAUAUAAUUUGUUAAAUCCAAUUAAACUUUAGAUAGAUAGAUAGAUAGAUAGAUAGAUAGAUAGAUAGAUAGAUAGAUAGAUACUUCGUAAAUGCAUCAUCAUCAAACAUGCUGUGCCUAAGAGUAGUAUGGACAUUUCUAUGGUUAAAUAAUGUAUUACACUAUAUUAGUUAAACUACUAUCUUUAUACAUUUUAAUGUUGAAAUUAUUUUUAAAAACUCAGUAUCGAGCAAAACAUAUCUCAUGGAUAUGCGUAAGAUACUGACUUAAAAAGUGAAAAUGAUGGCCUCAAGCGAAUAUUAAGAAACAGAAGGUUGUAAAAUGAAAUGUUUAUAAAAUGUUACAAGGUAUUGAAAAAUAUCUCAUUUAAGUGAAUGCAAUUUAAACAAUUUUAAGUUUAUUUUUUAUUUUUGUUUUAUUCGUCAAGUGGAUCUUAGGAUAUCUCUUGGUUUGUACGAAUUAUGGAUUGCUUAAAAUAUCAAAAAGUAAGAAAAAGAAAAAAAAAAGAAAAAAAUGUUCAUCUGCCUGAAAGGCUGCCUUUGUCAGCAGAAGCUGAACUCAACCACUUGGGGUCAAACAGAGGACAGUUUUUCACUUCAAUUAGCUCGUAUUUUAUCAUCGGCGACCAACAAUUCAGAUCCUUGACCUCUUACUCUUAAUAGUGAGUACAUUCUACUCACAUUUGUGCAAUGCUGCCGUUUCUGUGUACGAAAAAAAGAAUAAGAGAAAAAUAUAAACAAAGUGACGAGAGAAUGAUCUGUAGUUAACACACAUGCACAUGUGACUAAAUAAAGUGUAAUGUUAUCUUUAAAA